AUGAGCCAUAUCGGCCCUGCCAUAGAGUGCUCCCCAUCAGCGAUUGCCACACCAGCAGUCUUUGGAGCCGAAAUCCUCUCCCUCGAGGCAUCUUGGGUCAACAACUUCACCCUCAAUAUCCCUGGUGAUUUCAACUACAACCACGGUGCUCGGUCGGUACAAAAUGUGGAUUUCUGCAAUGUGACAGUGACCUACACCCAUCCAGGUUAUGACGACCGUAUUACCGUGGAGACCUGGCUGCCGCGCAACUGGAACCAACGCCUGCAAGCCACAGGCGGAGGAGGAUGGCGUGCGGGCCGGUUCGUCCUGUCCCAGUUCUUCAUGGGCGGUGCCAUUGGAGAGGGGUAUGCGACGACGACAACCGACGCCGGUCUCGGGGAUACAAUGCCAGACGCAUGGGCCCUAAAGAGCCCCGGAAAUGUCAACCUCGAAUACCUCCACAAUCUGGGCUACAGAUCCCUCAACGACGAGGCCAUUAUCGCCAAAGACCUGGUGCGCAGCUUCUACGGCAUCCCUCCGGUGUACUCCUACUGGAGCGGCUGUUCCCAGGGCGGACGCCAGGGUCUCAUGGUUGCGCAGCGAUACCCGCACGCCUAUGAUGGGAUUGUGGCCUCCGCACCCGCGCAGUCGUGGCCCGAGUUCGUGACUGCGACUUACUACCCGCUUCUUGCUCCCCUUUGGGCCGGCGAGCCGUCUCCACUGAGCUGUGAAUUGGAGUUCCUGACUGAGGAGGCUGUGAAACAGUGCGAUCCCAAGGACGGAAUUGUCGAUGGUAUCAUCUCGGAUCCAGACAACUGUGACUUUGACCCUUUCAGCGCUGUGAAUAAGACUUUCUCUUGCAGCGCUACUGGGAAACCCAUGCGGCUUAGUAGAGCGGCGGCGAUCACGGCGAAAGCAGCUUGGUCAGGACCUAGGACUGUUGCCGGAGAUUUCUUGUGGUAUGGGUGGAACCCGGGUUCGGACAUCACUGGGUUGGGUGUUGCGCCAGGCCAGAACAGCACAGCUAGUCCGGACGAGUGGCUCAGCUUGUUUGUGCUCAAGAAUCAAAGCUUCGACGUCACCCGUUUGAGUCACGAGGAAUAUGACUCGCUUUUCCGUCUCGCCGUCAAGGAAUACACCGAUGUCAUGGCUGCCAAUGAUCCGGAUCUUACCGAGUUCAAGAAAGCCGGAGGAAAGCUGCUCACUUACCAUGGCAUGGCCGAUGGCAGCAUUCCAACCAAGGGCACAGAGCAUUAUUAUCGCGCAGUCAGCAAAGUGAUCCCUGACGUACAGGACUUCUAUCGGUACUUUGAGUCUCCAGGCCUCGCCCAUUGUGCUGGCGGCCGGGGCGGACAGCCGACAACUGCGUUUGAUGCGUUGAGGAAAUGGGUGGAAAACGGUACUGUGCCCGACUUUCUUCCAGUGCGCGUCAAUGGAACGGAUGGAGAGCAUGACCGGAUUCUGUGCCCCUAUCCAGCCAAAGCGAUCCAGCAAGGUGGAAAUGCCACCAACGGCGGAAGUCUUCGUUGUGCCCAUUAA